AUGACCGUGUCACCGUCCAAAUUGGCCCUCAAGGGGUCCUCCAAAACCGUGGUGGACUUCUUUGAGUUCGCUGUGCAUAGUAUACUUUUCCAAAGAGGCAUAUAUCCGCCUGAAGACUUUGUUACGGUGAGAAAGUACGACUUGCCUAUCCUUAUGAGUAGUGAUAAUGACGUGAAGGACUACAUUGGCAACAUCAUGGAACAGCUCAGGAAGUGGAUCUAUGGCGGGAGGUUGCUGAAACUAGUGGUGGUCAUCUUGAACAAGGCAACGACGGAACCCGUGGAGAGAUGGGUGUUUUCAAUUGAUAUACAGAAGGAAGGUGAAGAACCUGCUGAAAAGUCUAAACAACAGAUCCAGAGAGAGAUCCAGGCGAUCUUUCGCCAGAUCACGGCGUCUGUGUCGUACUUGCCGUUCUUGCAAGACGACGAGUACACGUUCAAUGUCUUGGUGUAUACGGAUCCAAGCUACGAUAGCAGAAGAAUACCCACGGAAUGGGCAGAUACCCAUGGAGACGGGAAGUUGAUCAAUGGAGAGGCAGACUCGGUGGACUUCUCGAAGUUUAGCACGAGUAACCACCUGGUCGGCACGUCUGUCAGUUACAAGCUUGGUUAG